AUGUGUGCCGGCCCCUACGGACAGAGAGAGGACCAGCCGCGUGAGUUCUGGCAGAGGUCGGAACUCUGUGCCCGCCCGCGCCCAGAGUUGUUCGUUCUUGCUGUGGCUGGCCAGGCGCCGGGACACUUCGCCAAGCUUCAGGGAAACCAGGGGAGAUGUGGCCUGGUUGUUGCUCACUUCUUCUUCUCCCGCUUUCCGCAGCGCAUCGCGCCACGUCUGUUCGCUGUUGGCCCUCCACAGGGCGUCGCUCGCCGGCAAGCAGACGUUUUCGUACGCGUCGCCGUCCGUAAACAGGGGCUCAAAGUAGCCGUCGUCGAGCGUCUCGAUGCCGCGGAGAAGCUCGUGGAGGAUGUAGAUGAGAAACAGCGUGCGCCGCAGGGAUUCCUGGACGGCCCACGUUUUCCAGUCCGUACUGGUGGUAGUAGAUGGUAUGGGCGAGGACAGAAACGAGUUUGCUAUCCGUCCCUGCGGCGACGUGUCUGCAAUCCGUUGCAGCAGACGCUUCGUAGCCUGUGCAUUAAUAGGAUUAGUUACCGAAACGACUACAACAACGCCAGUUUAGCCCACGCCGGGAAAGACACACCCUGA